CCCCAUUAUUCUCUAAACUAGUUGCUCUUCAGGAGAUACUAGAAGAAUGUGGAAUAGGUGUGGAUGUUUCUACUUCUGAAGGAGCUGUUAGUGUGGGACAACACAGGGUGUUGAUAUUUGCACAGCAUAAAGCUCUGCUGGACAUCAUUGAGAAGGACUUGUUUCAAACCCACAUGAAGAGUGUCACAUACUUGCGGUUGGAUGGAUCGGUUGAACCAGAGAAACGUUUUGACAUUGUGAAGACUUUUAAUUCUGACCCAACCAUUGACGCCCUGCUGCUUACAACACAUGUUGGUGGGCUUGGUUUGAACCUAACAUCUGCUGACACACUCGUAUUCAUGGAGCAUGAUUGGAACCCAAUGCGGGAUCAUCAGGCAAUGGACAGAGCACAUCGACUGGGCCAACGGAAAGUUGUGAAUGUCCAUCGACUGAUUAUGCGUGGUACCCUGGAAGAAAAGGUAAUGAGCCUUCAAAGGUUCAAACUUUCAGUUGCAAAUGCAGUCAUCAAUGCAGAAAAUUCAAGUCUGAAAACAAUGAACACCGACCAGUUGCUUGAUUUAUUUGCAUCAGCUGAAGCACCAAGAAAGGGAGCUACGACUUCGAAGAACCCGGAUGGAGUAGACCCCAAAUUAUUGGGAACAGGCAAAGGUUUGAAGGCUAUCCUGGGAGGACUUGAGGAGCUUUGGGACCAAUCACAGUACACUGAAGAGUACAAUUUGGGUCAGUUCUUAGCAAAACUGAAUGGAUGAUCCUUCAAUGCCACGUGUACAAAAUGUAUAUAUCUGAUGUAGGACCAAAA